AGCAUGCUGCACUGCGGUAAAUACAGCACGAGUACACGCUGCACUGGGGUAAAUGCGGUAUAGCUGCAGUGCAGCUACUCACACACUCGCCACAGGGGGCAGCACUUCCACCUCACAAGUUCACUUCCAUGCAUGUGCUGCCUCGUUGCGCUCCUUUCAGCUCCUGAGCCCCCUGUGCAGGCUGGGCUCGGGUUCCGCCAGGGUCUCGCAGUAUCUGGCCCUCCUGGAGUUGAGCGCCGGCGGCCAGGCGUGGCUGCGCACCAGCUGGGGCAUCCGCGUGGCCUCCUGUAGGGCGGCGGUGCUGCGCGCCCAGAGCACCCUUCAGCAGCUGGUGGACACGGCUGCAGAGACCUUCAGACACAUGUUCUCCUGCCAGUUCAACCCGUCUCUGGACCAGCUGCACAUUAGCGCCACGGUGCAGAGGGUGCGGAACCACGUGCUCAAGCAGCUGGACCACGACCUGAGGAACACUCAGUACCAGCUAAUCCUGGAGUGUGUGCUCCAGCUGAGUCUGCCCAGGCUGCUGCAGGGCCUGGGCCAGCAGGACCUGUCUCACUACGAGCAGCUGGUGGACUCGGACUACGCCCCCUUCCUCCAGCCACACGUCCUGUACCACCAGGUGCUGAGGGAGCACCUGAGCCAGGAGAUCCGAGAAGUUAUGAAGCACUCGUUGCCUCGACACUGCAUCCCGCUGCCAGCUGGCGGACUCUCCGAUCACGUCUCCGAGGACGGGACGCCCCCUGAAGGUCCGUCACGGCCCUGCAGCCGCCUCUCGCCAUCGGCCUCUCUCUCGUCCAGCGUCGACUCCUACGAGAACAUCCAGGAGUGAGACAGAAGCUCCCGAAACCUGAAGGAGGCCAUCUGCAUCGGCAGAAUCAGCACACAGUAAUAAACGUGGCUGGUUUAAGUAGGAAAUAUGGAGAAUAUGACAAAUGUGCACGAAUAUUACAUAGCAGAGAAUAAAAUGUUCAAGGAAUUCCUCAGCCCAGCAGGAGAACAUGGUUCCUCCGGUCCACACAAUCUGCAUAAAUGGGUAAAUGAGGGUAAGGAGCUUAACACCUAAGUCGCUGUGGAGAAAAGUGUCAGAUAAAUGAAUAAAGGUUCGCUAAAUGAAUUUCAAAGUGUUUCGCGGCACUUAUGAAAAUAAAAACAGCCACAACCAGACUGCUACAGUCCUCCACCUCCCCCCGCCUGGCGGUCCCACGUAAAAUCAAAAGCACGAAGGUCUUCGGUUCUGGCUGCGAUGCGGCGGAAAGAUCUCCCCCUGUCACUCGGAACUGCUGAAUCUCUCUCUGUGUUCAGGAAGGGUC